UUUUCACAUCUGGCAAUAGAAGUAAUAACAACAAUGCGAUAUAUUUUUUAAUCAAAGCUUGUAAAAUGUCUUUUUACCGGAACUUAACUAAUUUUUCAUCUGAUGGACAGUAUUUUGCAUAUUCGAGCCCAGAUGGUUGCUUAAAAAUAUGGGAAACAUCUACAAAUAUUUUAAAACAAGAAUAUACACCGAGUUCACAUUUAUCGGCAACGUGUUCGUCGCUUUCAUGGGGCCCAUGUAAACAAAAUGCUCAUUUACCGAAAAAAUCUAAGAAACCUAAAAGGAAUGGUGUGCAGUCAUCCCUUGCUGAUCUUCAGCUUAUAGCAAUGGGGACUUUGACAGGAGAUAUUCUUCUUUACAGUUUUACAAAUGCAGAUCUUCAUAGUUUUUUGUCAAAUGGUCAUACCAGCAUAGUUAAUGAUGUAUGUUGGUAUGGUGCUACUAAUUCAUUAUUUAGCUGUUCAAAUGACCAACACAUUAUCAUUUGGGAUGUCAUAACGGGAAAGAUUAAGACGAAAUGGAAAGCAGGUACAACUGCUGUCUAUUCUAUUUGUGUUGUGGAUGAAAACAAUUUGCUUUCCUCCUGCAGUUCCAUACAGUGGUGGAAUAUCAAAGAAAAGACAAUUAUUAUGACGUUUAGUGGCCAUGCUACUGAAGUUUUCCGAUUAUUGCCUGUCAAUAAUGAAGAAGAGCCAAGUAAAUACUUUUUGUCUGCAGCUGUGGGUGAUAGAGUAAUAAGUGCAUGGCAACUGAGCACAAGCAAUAACAGAAGAGCUGUAGCAUCAUUUGUUCUAUCAGACGAGCCAGAAAAUAUAGAUGUUAUAUGCAGAAAGAAUAUGCCACUGCUUAUGACUGUUGUUUCAAAAGAUGGUUUAAUGCACUUAUUUGAACAUACGCUCAAUGGGAGAAUGAAAAAACCAUUACAGCCAAAAUGUACAGUACAGAUAGCUUCCAAAACAGAUGAAUCUCUGGCAAAACCUUGUCCUGUUCCUAUUCUUGCUUCAAAUUUAAAUGAAGAUUCAAAUUCCUGCCUUUUAUUAUAUGGAAAUUUCUUAAAACCAAUGUUUGAAAGAAUUGAUAUAUCUGAAUUUUCUAAAGAUUUAUGUUUAAUAAGGGAUAUUUCUUGGUCUUCUGCUGUUACUAUUGAAGAUGGUAUAUCCAGGGUAAAAGAGACAGUUAAACCACAUGAUGUAAAAUUGCUUGCACCUGGUCAUAUGACAGAUAUAAAGCCUUCACAGAACAUUGCAAAAAAGAGAAAAUUGAAAGAAAAUGAUAUCACAGAAUUGCCAAUGGAGGAACGUCUGCGUGCUCUUGAUCUGAGCAAAAUUCCUGAAAAUUUAGAUGAACAUGAACCUGCAAUAAAGUCAGAUAGCAUGGUGCAUCUUUUAUUACAAGGUCUUCAAAGUAAAGAUAACAAUAUGCUGAAUAGUGUAUUACAAUCUGGAGAUGAAACUGUAAUCCAUAACACGCUCAAAAGACUUCCAUUACAGUCUGUAUUAUUGGUUUUAAAAGAGUUGCAUGAAAGAUUAAACAAACAAGAACCUAGAAAUCACCCUUGUUUAAAGUGGCUAAAAGGUUUACUAGCUGUUCAUCUGCCAUAUUUAAUGUCUUGCAAAGAUGUUGAUGAAUAUCUUGGCCCAAUUAGUCAAUUAAUAGAAGCUAGAGUUGAAAAUUUUUCAAAGAUGUCUCAAUUAAAGGGUUGUCUGCAAAUACUUCUGUCGCAGGCUGCUUCCUGUAAUACAAAUAAUACAGAUCCAUCAUCAGAGCCACUAGCUAUAUAUCAGUCAGAAUCAUCUGAUGAAAGUGAGAAUGAAAUACAUACUGAUGAGAGUGAGAAUGAAAUGGAACAUUCUGAUCAGUGUUCUGAAAAUGAGGCUGCUCUUGAAACAUCCAGUGAAAAGAGUGAUUCCAGUGACAGUGAAAGUGACAUAGACACAUAAAUAAGACUUUUAAAUUGAAAAAACUGCAUUGUAAUAUAUUCAUGUAAAUGAAUUUUACUAUGAUUAAAAAAGAUCCAUUGUUUUUAA